CCGGGGUCCCCGUGGCCCGCCCGCCCCCCGGGCUGUGGGCAGCUGCCCCGGAGCCCGCCCGCCGCCGGGAACUCGCGCCCCACGGGCCGCGCCGGCCGGGGCCAUGGUGCCCUCUCCCGCGGAGCCCGUCGCUGCAGAGGGGUCGGGCAAGACCGAGGAGCUCAGUCCCGCGUCCGUGGGGACCGCCCCGCCCUCGGGCCCGGGACCCUCCGAAGCCAAGGAGGAGGUGGAGGUGGAGCUGGCGGGGCCGGCGGGCGCCCAGCCCCCAGUGCCCCCCGAGGGCGGCUGGGGCUGGCUGGUGAUGCUGGCGGCCAUGUGGUGCAACGGGUCGGUGUUUGGCAUCCAGAACGCCUGCGGGGUGCUCUUCGUGGCCAUGCUGAAGACCUUCGGGUCCAAGGACGAUGACCAGAUGGUGUUCAAGACAGCAUGGGUAAGUUCUCUCUCCAUGGGGAUGAUUUUCUUUUGCUGCCCAAUAGUCAGCAUCUUCACAGACAUAUUUGGUUGUCGGAAAACAGCUGUUGUGGGUGCUGCUAUUGGAUUCAUUGGACUCAUGUCCAGUUCUUUUGUAAGUUCCAUCGAACCGCUGUACCUCACCUACGGAAUCAUAUUUGCCAGCGGCUGCUCCUUUGCCUACCAGCCUUCCUUGGUCAUUCUGGGCCACUAUUUCAAGAAGCGCCUCGGAUUGGUGAACGGCAUCGUCACCGCUGGCAGCAGUCUCUUCACAAUCUUGCUGCCUCUCCUCCUAAGGGUUCUGACCGACAAUUUGGACCUCUUUUACACGCUGAGAAUCCUCUGCAUCUUCAUGUUUGUUCUCUUUCUGGCUGGCUUUACUUACCGACCUCUUGUUCCCAGUGUCAGAGAGAAAGAGAGUGGAAUCAAAGGAGGCAAGAGAUCCUCCUUCUUUUCCCGGAGGAAGUUCAGUCCUCCCCAAAAAAUUUUCAAUUUUGCCAUCUUCAAGGUGAAGGCUUACGCAGUGUGGGCAGUUGGAAUACCGCUCGCACUUUUUGGAUAUUUUGUGCCUUAUGUUCACUUGGUGAAAUACGUGAACGAAAGGUUUAAAGACGAGCCCAACAAGGAGGUGGUGCUCAUGUGCAUCGGCAUCACUUCGGGAGUGGGCCGGCUGCUCUUCGGCCGGAUCGCAGACUACGUGCCUGGCGUGAAGAAGGUUUACCUGCAGGUGCUCUCCUUUGUAUUCAUUGGUCUGAUGUCCAUGAUGAUUCCCUUGUGUAGCGUCUUUGGGGCCCUCAUCGCUGUCUGUCUCAUCAUGGGCCUCUUCGAUGGAUGCUUCAUUUCAAUUAUGGCCCCCAUUGCCUUUGAGUUAGUCGGUGCCCAGGAUGUUUCCCAAGCAAUUGGAUUUCUGCUCGGUUUCAUGUCUAUACCCAUGACUGUGGGCCCACCCAUUGCAGGGUUACUUCGUGAGAAGCUGGGUUCCUAUGAUGUGGCAUUCUAUCUCGCUGGAGUCCCUCCCCUUAUUGGAGGCGCAGUCCUUUGCUUUAUCCCAUGGAUCCAUAGUAAGAAGCAAAGAGAGAUGGAUAAAACCACAGGAGGAGAAAAGUUGGAGAAAAUGCUGGGGAACCAGAACUCUCUGUCAAGUUCAUCUGGAAUCGUGAAGAAAGAAUCUGACUCUGUUAUUUAAUGUCUUCUAUACCUCCACCAGACUGGAUUUGCUUUCUGAAGUUUAAGCAGGUUUCCUUUUAUAUAAAUUGCAAAUUAUUUUUGUAAUCACAUCCUAAGGAUAGCACAAUAAUGGGAAAUCGGACAUUUAUUACUACAAGAACCAUUUUUUGCCACCGAAUAGCUGACAUUUCCAUGAGCCUGAGGACAGACUCUGGUCCAUGAAAACAUCUCUGAAAGUUAAAUAUAAUGAGAAUUUGACCUAUCUCCGUAGAAAGCAACUUUGGAAACUGUGAAAGCUAUUUAGCUCCUACAAAUAUUUAAGAAUACCUCAAGCUAUACUGAAAAGGUUGUAAUUUGGUUUGACUGGAAAUAUUGUUUGUUGUCUCACAUGCUGUUUUUAGUUCUGGUAUCUAUCUAGAUUUUAAUUUCUUUUGCUAUUUGGAGACUUUUUACAAAAUUUAAGUCUGGCUUUUAGAUAAUGUGCUAUUUACCUAAACCUCAAGUGUGUGUGAAAGCUGCUUUGCCUGCCAUUAAAUUGGUCCUGACAUGAAGGGGUUCUGACUUGCUCUAGUGUCAGAGAUCUUUUUGGAGCAAAUGCUAGCAAUGUAUUCAGAUCCAGCAUGUGAGAUUCCUGGUCAUAAGAGCAGAGCAGUUAAAAAAUCUGGCAUUUCUCCCAUUUACGUUUAUUCCCUUUGGCUUUGCAGUAUGUUUUACUGGAGUAGCCAGAAAUGCUCCAAAUUUCUGAAUUUGUUUAAAUUAUAACAAUAAAGAAAAACAGAAUGAAUGAAA